GGGGAGGCUGAGGCGGCGGCGGGGACGGCGGCAGCGCGGGUGCCGGCAGGCGGGCCGUCGGGGAGAUGGGAGACCCAGGGUCGGAGAUAAUAGAAUGUGUCCCUCCAGCUGGACCUGAGGCGUCCGAGUCAACACCGGAGGAAAAUGAAGAUGACAUUCAGUUUGUUAGUGAAGGACCAUUAAGACCUGUUCUGGAGUACAUUGAUCUGGUCAGCAGUGAUGAUGAAGAGCCUAGCACCUCUCAGAGUGGGGGUAACGUUAAGCGUAAAGACCAUAUUGACCAUCAGAAGGAUAAAGUCGCCUUGACUCUGGCUCGUCUAGCCCGCCAUGUCGAAGUGGAGAAACAGCAGAAAGAAGAGAAGAAUAGAGCAUUCAGGGAAAAAAUAGAUUUUCAACAGGCUCAUGGGUUACAAGAAUUGGAAUUUAUUCGAGGACAUUCUGAUACAGAAGCAGCGAGACUGUGUGUGGACCAAUGGUUAAAAAUGCCAGGACUCAAAACAGGCAGUAUUAAUUAUGGAACAAAAAGUUCGUUCCGAAGAGGAGACCAAAUACGAGUGUCUGGGAAACCAAUUUCAUGUCCCAUAAUGCACUGUAACAAGCAGUUCGAUAAUGGGCACCUUCUCUUAGGACAUUUGAAAAGGUUUGAUCACUCUCCAUGUGAUCCAACAAUUACACUACAUGGACCUUUCAUCAGUUCUUUUGCUUGUGUAGUAUGUUAUAAAAAUUUUGUUACUCAACAACAAUAUAGGGAUCACCUUUUUGCUAAGGAAGCUGCAGAUGAUGGACAUAAAAACAACCUUCUUCCUCAGAUUAUUCAGUGUUUUGCGUGUCCAAAUUGCUUCCUUCUUUUUAGCAGCAAGGAUGAGUGUUUGAAGCAUAUGUCUGAAAAGAAUCAUUUCCAUCAGAGUUUUAAACUGGGUGAUGACAAGGGAAUGGCACAGCCAAUAUCAUUUCCAUCUUUUGCAAAGAAACUUUUGAUCUCUCUGUGCAAAGAUGUUCCAUUUCAAGUUAAGUGUGUGGCCUGCCACCAGACACUGCGUUCCCACAUGGAGCUCACUGCCCAUUUCAGAGUUCGUUGUCGAAACGCUGGUCCUGUAGCUCUAGCUGAGAAGAGCAUUGCUCAGGUGGCAGAGAAAUUCCUACCGAGAGGUUAUUGUCCACAUUGCAACCAUGUCUUUGUGGAUGAAACCAGUACCCGGAAUCACAAGCAGAAUUCAGGACACAAAGUCCGAGUCAUUAACUCAAUGGAAGAAUCAGUCUUACUUUAUUGCCACAGCAGUGAAGGGAACAAACCCCCUUCUGACUUGCACCUGUUGCAAGAUCAGUCAAAAUUUUCAUCACUUAAAAGAAAUAUGUCCGUUCGGGAAUCUAGGUCACAAGAUUGCAGCACUGUUCCAAAAAAGAAGAUUAAUUUAGGAGAUAAAAGCCAUGGGGGUAUGGUUUGUGUUCAGAAGGAAAAGUCACUUGUUAAAACCUGGUUUUGUGAAUGCCAGCAACGCUUCCCAAGUGAAGAAGCAGUAGAAAAGCACGUUUUCUCAGCAAACACAAUGUGUUAUAAGUGUGUGGUCUGUGGGAAGGUGUGUGAAGAUUCAGGAGUCAUCCGUUUACAUAUGAGCCGCGUUCAUGGAGGGGCACAUUUAAAUAACUUUCUUUUCUGGUGUCGGACGUGCAAAAAGGAGUUGGCAAGGAAAGAGGCUAUAAUGGGCCAUGUGACUGAGUUUCAUAACGGACACAGGUAUUUUUAUGAGACAGAUGAGGUAGAAGGUGACACUUUGCCGUCAUCCUCUACAACUUUGGUGAAUGAUCUGACUGCUGAUAAUCCUUCUUCAACUAUUACUAUUCUUGAUCAUUCCCUAGCAACCAGUCCUCCAAGCGGUAAAUGGCAAUGCCGAAUUUGUGAAGAUAUGUUUGACUCCCAAGAAUGUGUAAAACAACACUGCAUGUCUUUAGCAAGUCACCAGUUUCAUAGGUAUAGCUGCGCCCAUUGCAAAAAGACUUUUCACAAGAUGGAAACACUGUAUCGGCAUUGCCAAGAUAAGCAUGACAACGAAAUAAAGAUGAAGUAUUUCUGUGGGCUUUGUGAUCUGAUCUUUAAUGUGGAAGAAGCGUUUUUGAGUCAUUAUAAGGAGCACCACAGCAUAGACUAUGUAUUUGUGUCAGAAAAAACGGAAACUUCCAUUAAAACCGAGAGUGAUUUUCCGGUUAUAGAGACCGGUAACCUGAUGACGUGCGGCUGCCGGGAGAGCUACCUCUGCAAAGUCAACAGAAGGGAGGACCACGCUCGCUGUCUGCAGACCCUUCUGGGCCAGGGCCGCCUGUGGUUCCGCUGCGGCGCAUGCUCGGCCACGGCGCAGGCCACGGAUGACAUGCUGGCACACGUGCGCCAGGCGCACGCAGAGCAGGAGGUCGCGGGGGGCGCGCCGUGGUGCCUGAUCAAGUGCGGCACCUGCACCAAAGCCUUCCAGGACCCCGAGAGCGCGCAGCAGCACUUUCACGGGAAACACUGCUUCCUGCGGGAGCCCAGCGUGGCCCGCUUCGGGCCUGAGCAGACGAGCCCGUACACGUUUGCUGCCAGUUCUUCCCGUGCAGAGAGAAAGCUGAGACAGGCAGCAAGCUGUCCACAAACUUCAGACCCGGAGAGAGGAGCCGAGACUGACGUGAGCUGUCAGAGUGCAGAUGAAGAGGUUGUUGAGCUCCCAGACUUGGAUUACCUGCGAACCAUGACUCACAUAGUCUUUGUAGACUUUGAUAACUGGUCCAACUUUUUUGGUCAUCUACCAGGGAAUCUUAACCAAGGAACAUUUAUUUGGGGCUUUCAAGGAGGAAACACCAACUGGAAGCCUCCUGUCAACUGUAAGAUCUAUAAUUACCUGAACAGGAUUGGAUGCUUCUUCCUUCAUCCUCGCUGUAGUAAAAGAAAAGAUGCUGCUGAUUUUGCCAUAUGUAUGCAUGCUGGCCGUCUGGAUGAACAGCUGCCCAAGCAGAUUCCUUUCACCAUCCUCUCAGGAGAUCAAGGUUUUCUGGAGCUAGAGAAUCAAUUUAAGAAGACUCAGAGGCCAGCACAUAUACUCAACCCUCACCACUUAGAGGGAGAGAUGAUGUGUGCCUUGUUAAAUAGCAUAUCUGAUACCACCAAAGAAUGUGACAGUGAUGAUAACCUGAGUGUGAAGAGUACUUCAAUGGGAGAAGAAUUCAGAUCCACAGAAGAUGUGGAAUUAGAAGAAGCGAUUAGAAGAAGUCUUGAGGAAAUGUAAUUAAAGAUAUUACCACACAACAUCAAGUGGCCUUGAAGAGACUCAGGAUAAUGAAUUCUUGAGUUUGUUUUCUAAAGGAGAUCAGAAAUCUACUAGUACAAAUGUAUUUGAAAACUUUUUUUUGCUUUCAUAUGUUCAAAAUCUGAUAUUGCUUUGUAUUUUUGUGCUAUUUUGCAAAUAUGUAUAGAGGAAUAAAAUACAUGUUAAUGCAAAUACAAAUCAUGUAUUCUAAUAUAGGUGUCAUGUUUCCCAGUUAACUUUGAAUUCA